GCGCGUUCUUGUACUUAACUCCUUGCGCAGACUUGCGCUAGCUACGGGUCCGUUACUUCUGGCGCAGUCACCAGGCGCACGUCUUGCAGAAAUCAGAAGCGCAAUCCAACUUCCCCCGUGCGCGACGCGCGCCGCAUUACAGAGAUAUCAAUACACUCCUUCUACCCGAUUAUCCGUCUCCUGGCCGCUGCAUAAUUAGUUUUAGACAUGCCGUCCAGUGCAGAGGGCGUAGAGGAUAUUGACUACGUUCAAGGAUGCGUCACUCCUAGACGUAAACGUACCUGGGAGCCUGCAUCCAUCACAAAUGCGUUGACUAACAAGCGAAGGCGCAUUUCCAUGGCCUCGUUCGACCUAACAAAGGAGAUCGAUACCGUGGAGAACUUUCCCAGUAGUAGCAAGGCAACUGUGGCGGAUCGUUUCAUCGCCGCACCACGGGAAUCUCCAAUGCCACUCAAUAUCACACCCAGGACCAACCGAAUUGCACGACAAUUUGGACUGGCCAAGGAUCGGGUACUCAGCUUUGCGGACAGCAAUACAGCUACCCCUGGUAGUCACGACCUCACUGCGCACCGUACGAACUUUCAACGCUUAUUCUCCGUAACGCCCAAGGUCUCGCCUGCAUCCGCCGCCGCGCAUCUCGGCGCGCGCAAGCACUUCGUACUCGCACUAGACGGACCGGGCGUACCUGCAGAUCCGUUCGCGUUUCCACUCACAUGGUCAGCGCAGAAUGCGAUUGCGGUGGCAUGCGGGCGCGAUCUCUAUUACCAGGAUCUCGGGACACGGAACAUCACGCACUUAGGCACACUCCCGCGGCACGGGCAUGAGCACCUCGUAAGUAUUGAAUGGUCGCGCACUCAUCCGCAGAUGCUUGCUGCGGGCACAAGCACGGGCGUGUUGCAACUUUGGGAUACAAACGCAAGUGGCACGACGCGAGACUGGCACUGCAAAGAUUUUGGUGGUACUGGCGGGAUGGACUGGUGGGGCGACUUGCUUGCAGUUGGCGAGGAGGAAGGGACCGUCGAGUUGUUUGACGCACGCGAGCCACAAGCCGUCAGUACGCUAUCGGUGCAUAAACACAAGGUGCUGGGUGUGAAAUGGAGUACAGAUGGUGACUAUCUAGCGACAGGAGACGAGCGUGGGGUCGUACAAGCACUAGCAUGGUGCCCGUGGAAGACCAAUCUCCUCGCCACGGGAUCUACGUAUCCUGAUGGCAAGGUCCGUAUUUGGAAUGUGAAUUCGACAUCUACGACCAUGCCUAUGCACACCCUCUCGCUGAACACGUCUGUCACGUCGCUCAUCUGGUCGCCGAACUGCAAGGAGCUACUCAGCACACAUGGCACGUCAUGGCAGCCGCGUUCCGCAUCGAUGCCAGGUCUGUCAGAGCUGAACGUGCUCCCGUCGGGCGCGGUGCCUGUGAAGUCGCACUUCACCAACUCCAUCACCGUUCACUCGUAUCCCUCGCUCAAGCGUGUGGUGAGCGUGCCCGCGCACUCAGCUGCGGUUGGACAUAGCUGCCUGAGCCCGGACGGAACGCUUGUAUUCACGAUCUGCCCCGCAGAGGAGGCUAUGAAGAUGUGGAAGGUGUGGGGUAUCCCGGAGAACAGAGGGAGAAGGGAGAGUGUAUUCGAUAAGUGCGGGAUCCGGUAGGUUAGUAUGGUGGCUCGCCCCCGGCGACUUACAGCAGUCGCUUGUUUCGUCGUUUGUUCUCUCUUUAACUGGGACAUUGGGUACUUUUCGUCGCUGUGUCUCCCAGGGUGUAUGACAUAUCGCACCCGUCGCUGUCGUUACCACUAUCACUGCUGUAGCCUUAUUUACCAUUUUUGAAUCUCAUUAUGAAUACCCUGGCCCACACAAGGCCUACGCU